AUGACGUACAUUUAUAACGUCAGCCACCUCUACGAGCGGCCAACCGCCGCAACGGCAUUAGACCUCGCCCGCAACGUUACACGCAACGUUACGCGUAACGUCUCGAGCAACGCGUACGAAUGGCGCUUCAUACUGCCACCGUACAUACUCAUUUUCACACUGUCGAUAUCUGGAAACUGUAUGGUGAUCGCGACGCUGGCUAAUAAUAAGAGGAUGAGGACGGUCACCGACGUAUAUUUACUUAAUUUGGCAAUAUCAGACUUCUUGCUGGGAGUCUUCUGUGUUCCAUUCACGCUCGUCGGACAGAUCUACCGGAGAUUCCUAUUCGGACCAUUUCUAUGCAGGAUAAUACCCUUUCUUCAAGCGGUGUCAGUGUCAGUAGACGUGUGGACGCUAGUCGCCAUAUCCCUGGAGAGGUACUUCGCCAUCUGCCGACCUCUUAAGUCCCGCAAAUGGCAGACGCAGUGCCACGCGUACAAGAUGAUCGGUCUGGUGUGGCUCCUGUCCGUCAUGCUCAACCUGCCCAUACUCAUUGUUUCUACCCUACAGCCCAUGAGAGGAAACGCCUACAAGUGCCGGGAGGUCUGGCCAAGUUUGGAGCUGGAGAGGGCGUUCAACUUGGGCCUGGACGCGGCGCUACUGCUCAUCCCCAUCUUCGUCAUGGUGUUCGCUUACUCCCUCAUCGUCACCAAACUCUGGAGGGGAAUGCAGCAUGAGAUCAAGCACAACUUCAAAUUGCAACGGCAGCUAUCUGAGAAAUCGUCUGGACGCGACACAGGAAGUAACUCAAAUGAAAUCUGCUGCAAAAAUGGGUCGGUUAAAAAAAAGGACAAAGACACGAACGUGGUGAAAGAGUUAUUAAAGUCCACGCAUAACAUGAACACAGUGGACCUAGACUUUAGACACGCUAUCCGGUCUACACACACUGAAAAAAGCAUUGAGGCGAAAAGAAAAGUAAUAAGAAUGCUUUUCGUUAUAAUAUUGGAGUUUUUUAUCUGUUGGACACCACUUCAUGUAAUAAAUACGAUCUAUCUAUUUUACCCGAAGGAGUUAUACAAGUACGUUGGGUCCAAAGGCAUCAUAACCCUGCAACUGUUGGCGUAUUGUUCAUCGUUUAGCAACCCAAUAACAUACUGCUUCAUGAAUCACAGGUUUCGCCAGGAUUUCCUUUGCCUCAUCAAGAACUGCAAACUAUUUAGGAACUGCUUCGACAAGAAGCCGGAGUGCACGCAGCCUACACCCCCACCUUCCAGCCAGGAAAUCGCGCCUUGUGUGAUCCGGGGCACUCACACUGGACGCUCAGACCUGGAAGGGCAGGAGGGGGAGGAAUGCGUUUAG